GUGAAUCGCGCAAUAGCUUGUCAGAGAUCAGAUAGUGGUAGCUGCGUAACUCUACUACUGGACUCAGUGGCAACUCAACUAGGCUUGGACGUCAACAAGAAGCACUCACUUCCCAUAUCUGGAUAUCAUGAGACCAAGUCAGUUCAAGUUACAUCUGUGGAUGUACAAAUUAGACCAUACAAAAGCACAUCGACUCCAAUGACGCUCGAUGACGUACUCACGGUAGAUGAAAAUAAUUUGGCCCCAGUUGAUAUUUUUCAACUAAACGCAAUGUGCAACAAUUUUCCACAUUUAAAGCAUGUUAAAUACCCGGACUUAAACGACAAUAGCAUAUCGCUAGUCAUCGGAAACAACAAUCCAGAAUAUCAUGAGAUCAAAAAUACCGUUUAUGGCCCCAAGAAUGUUCCCUGGGCUAUCGAAACCCUUUUGGGAUGGACAUGCACAGGUCGGAACAAAACGCAAUAUAAUUCCGUUCCAUCUGUUCCGGUGAACUUCACACAAGUUCAUUCACACAAUAACUUAGAUGAAAAAUUAUACCAGAAAGUUCUCAACUGGAUGAAAAUAGAAAACACAGGCAUCGCUUCUUCAAAACGCUCGCACUCCAAAUCGGAUAAAAGAGCAAUCGAUAUUCUCGAAAACUCUUGUACUUUAGUAGAUGGUCACUAUCAAAUUGACCUUCUUUGGAAAGAGGAUACUGAUCUUCCAAAUAACCGUUGGCUAGCUGAAAAGCAACUCAACAGCCUCGAAUUUCGCCUUAAAAGUAAACCUGAUUUAAGGGAGAAAUACCGCGCAACAGUCAUCACUGACUUAGAAAAAGGCUUUGUCACCAAAAUAGAUGCAAAACAUGACACUGCAAUCAAAUCUUGGUAUUUGCCGCAUCAUCCAGUGACAAAUGUCAACAAACCAGACAAAGUUAGACGAGUCUCAAAUGCUUCCAGCAUUUUUCAGGGUAAAUCCCUCAACUCGAGUUUGCUCAAAGGGCCCGAUCUUUUGUGCAACUUAACAGGUCUCAUAAUUCGCUUUCGACAAAAUAAAAUAGCAAUAUCUGCUGACAUAGAUGCUAUGUUUAUGCAAGUGCUAGUCAGCCCAAAGGAUAGACCUUUUCUAAGAUACCUUUGGAAAGAAAAUGGUAAAUUAGAAACUCACGAAUAUACACGACACAUUUUCGGUGCCACAGACUCACCAUGCGUGGCUUGCUACGCAGUACGACGAUGUGCAUCAGACAGUAAAAACGACUUUCCUCUGGCUUCUGAAAUCAUUCAACGGAAUAUCUACAUGGAUGAUUUGUAUGUCACUUCGUCAACGGUAGAAGAAGCCCUCCAACAAAUGACACAACUACGAGGAUCUUUAUCUCGAGGUGGGUUCAACUUGAAUAAGUGGAACUCAAACAGUAAACCAUUCCUGGAUUCAAUUGAUCCAAAUAUUUUAGUCAGCCCUAAUGAUCCAACGCCUAAACAUCAACGAGUUCUCGGUGUUCACUGGAAUACCAACACUGACUGCUACUUCAUCGAUAACAAAAAGUUUGUAAAAAUUCUACGUAUUGGCAUUGCUACGCAACGGAAACUCCUGAAGUAUACCGCUUCUUUAUUUGACCCACUCGGAAUAGUGGCUCCAUUGACAAUUCGGAUUCGAAAAGUUCUCCAAUCUGUUUGGUCACAAGGUGUUAAGUGGGAUACUCCAUUAGACACGGAUAAACUUCCCGAUUUCAAACUUUGGGUAGACGAAAUGGAAAAUUUCGAAACUGUUUCAUUCCAAAGGAACUUCUUUGAUAAAGAAAACCCUGCUUCAAUCCAGCUUCACACGUUUUGUGAUGCAUCAGAAUUCGCUCUCGCUGCUGUUUGCUACCUAAGAAUAGUCUACAGCGACGGCUCCACAUCUUUGAAGUUUAUAAUAGGAAAGACAAGAGUCGCUCCUAUGAAACGUGUUACAAUUCCCAAUCUCGAGUUGCAAGCUGCAGUAUAUGCUGCCCAACUAUCGCUCUUUGUUUCAGAGGAAAUUGACCUCAAAGUUGAAAAAACUUAUUUCUGGUCUGACAGUACUACUGUUUUGUAUUGGCUGCGAACACCUGAAAUACGACACAAAAUUUUCGUCGCUAAUCGGCUUCAGAAAAUUUUAGACGUUUCUAAACCUGAACAGUGGUUUCACGUUCCAACUCUGCUAAAUCCUGCUGACGACGGUACCAGAGGAUACAUUGCUUUAGAAAUGACCUCAAGCUGUCGGUGGCUACUAGGACCGGAAUUUCUGUUGAACGAUUCUUCUCAAUGGCCUUCACAGGAAAACAUUCGGCUUGAGAACAUUCCUGUAUUCGUUACUUCAUUAGAGUCUAAAUUUGAGCCUAUAUUUGACAUCAAACGCUUCAGCAACUGGAAAAGACUAAUACGGACAGUUGCAUACUGCUUCUUAUUCGCAGAAAAUCUCAAACGGAAGAUCAACAAACAGUCGAAGGUCGAUCUUCAACUCUUGCAUCUAACGAAAUCGCACUUUCUCAUAAUUAAAACUGCCCAAAGGACAGAUUUUGUCUCUGAAAUUUCAGACAUCAAAAAAGAAAAACCAAUUGAAGGCAAAAGUAGACUUCGAACAUUAGCACCGUUUGUGGACAACUUCGGUAUCCUGCGUUCUCGUGGACGUCUCACGCGUGCCCCUAUCAUGCUAUCAGCUAGAUAUCCAAUCAUUCUCGCUGGUGAAAACCCCAAUGUUCGCCUGCUGUUAGCUAACAUCCAUGUUCUACAUUCCCACUGCGGAAAGGAACAAGCAAUUGCCAUAGCACAGGAAAACUACUGGAUUCUUCGCUGCCGCGUCAUGCUGAAAAGUAUCAUACACAGUUGUAUACCCUGCAGAAGAAUGCAACAACAAGUCGACUACCCUCAGAUGUCAGAUCUUCCAAUUGAUCGACUGCCAUCAAAAAAUCAUUUUCCUUUUGCAACGACUGGAUUGGACUACGUUGGACCUUUUCCCAUCAUCCUUCAAGGAAAACAAUACCAAGCGUAUAUUUUACUGUUCACAUGCUUAGUGAUCAGAGCUGUGCAUCUUGAAAUCUCAUUAGGACUAUCGACAGACAGCACUCUUCUUUGUAUCAGACGCUUUUUUGCCCGGCGAGGAAAACCAUCGAAAAUGGUUUCUGAUUGUGGGACAAGUUUUGUGGGCUCCAAUUCUGAGCUGAAGAAAUGUCUAGACAACUUGGAAAAGAACAAAGAAUUUGUGGAAAGCAUCAAUCAGCUGGACGUAUCACUCGAAUGGAAAUUCAACCCUCCUGCGGCCCCUCAUUUUGGUGGUUCUUGGGAACGACUAGUUCAGAUAUUUAAACUUUCCCUGUACAAAGUCAUCGGAUCAAGAACACUCUCCUAUGAAACACUGGCUACUUUCACGACCGAAAUUGAAUCAACCAUGAAUUCACGACCUUUAACCAAUGUGUCUGACGACAUCAAAGAUGAUCUGCCUCUCACUCCCAACCAUUUCCUUCUUGGUCGUGGAACUCCAAAUUUACCGCCUGGUAUCUUCAAGGACAAGGAUUUAUCUCUGUCAAAAUCAUGGAAAGCAUCCCAACUACUCGCAGAUCACUUCUGGAAUCGCUUUCUUCGAGAGUACUUACCAGGUCAGCAGAAACGAUCAAAGUGGACUUCUGCGACUUCCAAUUUGCAACCCGACGACAUGGUCUGGAUGUUGGAGGAUUUUACACCUCGUGGACUGUGGCCUCUUGCUAAAGUGGUGGAAACCUUUCCUGGACAAGAUGGAAUAGUCCGCUCAGUGAAGCUGAAAACGCCAACUGGAUUCAAAGUUCGACCUGUGGUCAAAUUGAGCCGCGUUUUCCCAGUUUCGCAGUAACCAAGCUCCAAAUAGCUAACCAACCAAAUAAUCACGCAACUCAGCCUUCAACAUAUCAACUCGACAAAGAUGAACAAAUCUACGACUCGUCAAUUCAACUAAGACAAUCAGCUCAACGAUAGACAAACCAAGAUGAAGAUGAAA